UAUGUAUCGAGAUUCGAAAACCACUAUAUCAUCCCAGGUGGGAUCACAGAACCAAAGAAAAUUGUUUGCAUAUCUUGUAACAAUGUAGCAUUCCCUCAGCUUGUCAAGAAAGAUGACCCGAACACCGAUUUGAUCGCCUCGCAGCUUUUCUCGGUGGUCAAUGUUCUCCUCAAGAAGGACAGCGCUUGCCGGGAAAGGAACCUCAAGAUGUUGAUGUACAAAGUGAUCCCAAUCGCCAAGGAUGUAGGACUGAUAGAAUUCGUCGAGGGAGCUCAGUCUCUUAGUGAUGUCCUCGUACGGAAGGAUACCGACUCACUGCAUGCUCGAUUUGAUCCUCAAGAUUUCAAUUUUGUCACGUGUAGGCAAAUGAUUUCUGGGAUACAGAAAAGCUACAAGAUCAAGCUGGGAAAAGCAAAGACGGAGGGAGAGAGGAUGCAGUUACACUCUGAUAUGACAAGGGAAUUAAGAUCCAAGUUCGACCUGAUCUGCGACAAGGUCUCCCCUGUAUUCAGGUAUCACUUCCUAGAGAUCUCCUCUAGCGCGAGCGACUACCUCGGGAAGCGGCUCAACUACACAAGGAGCGCAGCAGCAUCCUCCAUGGUCGGGUACAUCGUCGGACUCGGAGAUCGGCACCUUUCCAACAUUCUGAUCGAUGCUGAUCGUCAGUUGCUCCACAUCGACCUCGGCCAAGUGUUUGACUUCGCCCGGGCCACCCCUCGAUACCCAGAGACUGUUCCUUUCCGCCUUACCAGGGACAUGGUUGACGGGAUGGGCAUGCUGGGGGUGGAGGGCUCCUUCAUCCGCUGUUGCAUCGAAUCAAUGCGCGUCAUGCGAGAAAACAAGAAUGCCCUGCUGUCCGUCAUUGACAUCUUGCUGUACGAGUCGAACUUGGAACGGCUAUCAGCAAAGGUCAACGACAACAACGGUGCAGAGAAGAUGGCGCUGUUUGCAACUCUUGUCCGGGGAUCCAUCAAAGGUAAGUUGGAGGGGGCGUACGGGGGGGAGGUGCUGGGGAUAGAAACUCAGAUCAGACGGCUCAUACGAGAGGCGACGGACCCUGAGAAUCUCUGCCAACUUUUUCACGGUUGGAGCGCGUGGAUA